UCUUGCGAGCUUGACGGAAGUCUGGAACGCGACCAGAUGGAAUUCCGCACUGGGCUUCUUCACUCGUUUUGAAUUGUAGCACACGUGUUUUUUUUUUAAGGGGACUUUUUCCUGCUUUCACCAGCCUGUCUGGGAGGUGACACCUGGGGGACAGACAUCCACGGAUACCCGACCAAACAUCCUCCCUCUCUGCAGGUCCCUGAGGCGAGUGUGUGUCCACCAUGCCGCUGUUUGGUAAAUCCCACAAGAGUCCGGCGGACAUCGUCAGGACGCUGAAGGAAAACAUGGCCAUCCUGGUCAAACAGGAUAAGAAGACAGACAAGGCGUCUGAGGAGGUGUCCAAGUGUCUGGUGUCCAUGAAGGAGAUUCUGUACGGCAGCAACGAUAAGGAGCCUCACACUGAGACGGUGGCCCAGCUGGCCCAGGAGCUGUACAACAGCGGGCUGCUGCUGUCGCUGGUGGAAAACCUGCAGGUCAUAGACUUCGAGGGGAAGAAGGAUGUGUGUCAGAUCUUCAACAACAUCCUGAGGAGGCAGAUUGGGACGAGGAGCCCAACCGUGGAAUACUUCUGCUCCCACCAAGAGGUCCUGUUUAUACUGCUGAAAGGGUACGAGACGCCCCAGGUGGCGUUGAAUUGUGGGAUCAUGCUGAGGGAGUGCAUCCGCCACGAGCCACUCGCCAAGAUAGUCCUCCAGUCGGAUCAUUUCCAAAAUUUCUUCAACUACGUGGAGAUGUCCACCUUCGACAUCGCCUCCGACGCCUUCGCCACCUUCAAGGAUCUCCUGACGAGACACAAAGUGCUUGUGGCUGAAUACCUCGAACAGAACUACGAUGCUGUGUUUGCAGACUACGAGAAGCUGCUGCACUCUGAGAACUACGUCACCAAGAGGCAGUCUCUAAAGCUCCUGGGCGAGCUGCUGUUGGACAGACAUAACUUCACGGUGAUGACGCGCUACAUCAGCAAGCCUGAGAAUCUCAAGCUGAUGAUGAAUCUGCUACGAGACAAGAGCCCCAACAUCCAGUUUGAGGCCUUCCAUGUCUUCAAGGUUUUUGUAGCAAACCCCAACAAGACGCAGCCCAUCAUCGACAUCCUGCUCAAGAACCAGACCAAACUAAUCGACUUCCUGAGCAACUUCCAGAGGGACCGCACAGACGACGAGCAGUUCAACGACGAGAAGACCUACCUAAUCAAACAGAUCAGGGAUCUGAAGAAACCGGCCUCCUAGAGGAGCUUCCCCCUCGCUUCCCCCCUCGAACCCCGACUUUUUAUCGAUAGGAAGACGUACAGUAGAAAAAAAAACAAAAAAAACAUUAACAAUGUCUUUAUCUCUCUUUGUUGGUUCAUUUAAAACUUGUGCAAACCGUAGUUCUCAAUCACUGAUCUUUCUUUUGUACAUUUUUAUCAUGAAAUCUUUUAUUUUUUCUUUCAUCCGUAGCACGUAGCGCCACAAACUCAUGGUGUUGGAGGCGGCUGAUUGGCUCUGUUGGGAGAACCAGCGGUUUAAAAAAAAAAAAAAAAAAAAAAGCUCCGGCCAACAUGGUCGGAACAAAACGGACGUGAAUCAAAGUCUGUUAGUCUCUGCACACGUGUUCAUUUCUAGCUGUUUAAUGAAGUAGUUGCACAUCGAAAAAAAAAUAUGAAGAAUUUCCACCUUUUUUUACUUUCUUUUAGCUGGAUCAACAUGUCUGUUUGGGAUCAGACAAAAACACAUUCUCAGUCAUUGCUAAAAGCUUUUUUUUUUAUCCAAAUUGCAACAGUAAUUCUCAGUUGCCUUUUGCUCGCCAAACGUCAAACGCCAAAUCUCAUGAUUGCUCAACUUUUCUCCCUCUAAAACAAACAAACAAAAAAAGCAUAAUCAGACUUAAAUAUUCCAAUGUUUGUCUCUGAAAAUAGUUUUCUGAGAUUAAAAAGAUUUGGCGCUAGUAAGACUGAGAAAAGAGGGAACUGUUAACCAAAAUUCAGCAAUUGUAGGAUUAUUUUAAGUCUUUAAAAUGAAGGGCCUUCUUAAAUGAACACGGGGCUGCUAUCGGUACAGUCAGCAUCAAUCGUUUUGAUCACUGGUUCUCUUUGCUGGUGGCUGAUAGCACUUUCUGUAUGAUAAAAAUAAUAAUAAUAAUAAUGUGUUUUUUUUUUGUUAAUCGUAUCACUGUUUUCACACUGCUCGAGGGUAAUUUUGUUUUAUAUAUAGUUUAAUUUCUUGUCAUGUACAGUUUAUGGUUUGUACACGCGAUGUGAGUGCCAUCGUGAGUGAGAACAUUGAACAUUUAACGGGAGGCACUUUGCUGUGCGGAGGAGAGGAGAGCAGCUGUAAAGAUGGCUGUUUGUGUUUGUGUCUCACUCCUUUUUCUCUCUGUACUGUAACAAAGUGUUCUGCUCUGAUUUGGAUCUGAUGUUGGUUUUGAGAAACAGGUGGAGAAGAUUCAGAGGUGCCUUUUUUUUUGGUUUGCUGUGUUUCCCUUUUCCUCUUUUUGUAUUAUCCGUAUCUUUCUGGGGGGGAGCUUAAUUAUUAUGUCAAUGAGAAUAUGCUCUGGAUAGAACAUAUCUGUUGUGAUUAAGCAGUGAACCUCUUAACUCGCUAUAUUUGAGUUACGCUGUCGAACAUUUUUAACUUGUUUUGCAGCAUUUGGUUGCCAUUGUGUGUGUGUGUGUGUGUGUGUGUGCGUGUGUGCGUGCGUGGGUGGACCAGGGUUGCAGAUUCUCUUUGGAUUUGUCUCUAAAGUCGUGCUGAUUCAAUAUCCAGUUACAUACCGUGUCGGCUACAAACUCAAACUUGUCACAGAGCGAGGCCAAAUGAUGUAAUUAAGAAAUGUAUCUGUUCUACAAUACACAUAAAAGGACCAUAAAAUGUGCAAAAUCAAAUAUUUUUAAAGUGCUCUUGGUUUUAUAAUUGACUUAGAAAUGAAAAAAUCAUAUUUACAGUUUCUAAAAAAGAAAUUUGCACAAAUGUCAGAUAAAAAAAAAAAGUCUGAAUUUAUCUCCCACUUGAUAUUUGAAGAGCAUCCAUUAGGUUACUUUAAGCUCCAACAGAAGUUUUAUGUUUUAAAUUACAAGUCUCUUUAAUUACGACACUCUAAACAGUCAUUUUGAACAGAAAGUAACUGUGAAUUGCCAUUCUGCUUUUGCUAAUCAUCUGGCGUAACAGAAAAAUAGUUCUCCAUGUUUUGUCAUUAGAAAUAAACAGUACCAGCUUUUAAUUUGUUGCUAGAAGCUGUGACAUAUCGUACUAUAUCAGAAUAUAACAUGAGAUGCAAAAGUAGAACAAACCAGCUUUACAUCAGACUCCACAUUAUCCUUCCCGGUGUCCUCUCUCUCUCUGAAAGCAGCCACCUUGUUUUCCACAUUGAUGCUAUUGUACCA